GUUUCACAAUAAAAACCAAGAGUUUCCUCUCCUAACUUCCCAAUUUCCAAUUACCUUUCUCUCAUAAGUCUCAGGAGCUUGGAGUCUCUCUCUUCCAACUACUCUACACCCACCAACCACCAACACUCUCCUAAUUACAAACUCCUUCUCCUCUCAUCUCCAUUUAUAUUCUCACAUUCAUUUUUCUCUUUGCACCGGAAUUCCAAACUGACCUGUCUUUACUAUAUAAUUUGCUACGGAUUCCGGUGACACUAUCAAAACCCAAAACAACAACAACAACAACCAAAAAAAAAAAAAAAAACAGAACUAAAUGCAACCAUCGUCAUCGUCAUCGUCGAACUCAAUGAAAGUGUCGCCGAUGGAUCUGAUGUCGGCAAUUAUUAAAGGGAAGUUCGACCCGUCCAACGUGUCCUCGGCCAACGAUGUCGCUUCCAUUAUGUUCGAGAAUCGGGAGAUGGUGAUGAUUCUCACGACCUCGAUCGCGGUCUUGAUCGGCUGCGUCGUCGUUUUGAUUUGGCGCAGAUCCAGCAGCUCUCAACCUUCGUUGCCGGUGCUUCCUAAGCCGUUGAUCGUGAAAGAGGAGGAGGUCGAAGUUGACGAUGGCACGAAGAAAGUCACCAUCUUCUUCGGCACUCAGACCGGCACUGCCGAAGGCUUCGCCAAGGCUUUAGCUGAGGAAGCCAAAGCGCGGUACGAGAAAGCCUCGUUUAAAGUUGUUGAUUUGGAUGACUAUGCCGGCGAUGACGAAGAAUACGAGGAGAAAUUGAAGAAAGAGAGUUUGGCUUUCUUCUUCUUGGCCACAUAUGGAGAUGGUGAGCCUACAGACAAUGCAGCGAGGUUCUAUAAGUGGUUUACAGAGGGGAAUGAGAGAGGGGAGUGGCUACAGAACCUUAAAUACGGAGUGUUUGGUCUUGGCAACAGGCAGUACGAGCAUUUCAACAAGGUUGCCAAUGUUGUGGAUGAGGUCCUUUCUGCCCAGGGUGGGAAACGCCUUGUCCCAGUGGGUCUUGGAGAUGAUGAUCAAUGCAUUGAGGAUGACUUCACUGCAUGGAGGGAAUUGGUGUGGCCUGAAUUGGAUCAGUUGCUUCGAGAUGAUGAUGAUCCGACAACAGUUACCACCCCUUACACUGCUGCUGUGUUGGAAUAUCGGGUUGUGUUCCAUGACUCUGCAGCUGCAUCAGCAGAUGAUAAAAGUUGGGCUAAUGCAAAUGGACAUGCUGUGUAUGAUGCUCAGCAUCCAUGCAGAUCAAAUGUGGCUGUGAGAAAGGAGCUUCACACUUCUGAAUCUGAUCGUUCUUGCAUCCACCUGGAAUUUGAUAUUUCUGGCACUGGACUUUCAUAUGAAACUGGGGAUCAUGUUGGUGUUUACUGUGAGAAUCUAAGCGAAGUUGUAGACGAGGCAUUGAACAUAUUGAGUUUGUCACCAGAUACUUAUUUCUCUGUCCACACUGAUAAAGAGGAUGGUACACCAUUUGGUGGAAGCUCAAGCUCCUUGCCACCUCCUUUCCCACCUUGUACCAUAAGAACAGCAUUGACUCGAUAUGCUGAUCUUUUAAGUUCACCAAAAAAGUCUGCCCUACUCGCUUUAGCAGCUCAUGCUUCUGAUCCAACCGAAGCUGACCGAUUAAGACAUCUUGCAUCACCUGCUGGAAAGGAUGAAUAUGCACAAUGGAUGGUUGCUAGUCAGAGAAGCCUUCUUGAGGUCAUGGCUGAAUUUCCAUCAGCAAGGCCCCCACUUGGUGUCUUCUUUGCAGCAGUUGCCCCACGCUUGCAGCCCAGAUUCUAUUCAAUCUCAUCAUCCCCAAGGAUGGCUCCAUCACGGAUUCAUGUUACUUGUGCAUUAGUUUACGAGAAAACACCAACAGGACGGGUUCACAGAGGAGUGUGUUCUACCUGGAUGAAGAAUGCUGUGCCCCUGGAGAAAAGUCAUGAUUGCAGUUGGGCUCCUAUUUUUGUUAGGCAAUCAAACUUCAAACUCCCAGCAGAUACUAAAGUGCCUAUUAUCAUGAUUGGCCCUGGCACAGGAUUGGCUCCUUUCAGGGGUUUCCUCCAGGAAAGAUUAGCUCUGAAAGAAGCUGGAGCAGAACUGGGACCCUCCAUCUUUUUCUUUGGAUGCAGGAACCGUAGAAUGGAUUAUAUUUAUGAAGAUGAGCUGAACACCUUUGUUGAGACUGGAGCUCUCUCCGAGCUGGUUGUUGCCUUCUCACGUGAGGGACCCACCAAGGAGUAUGUGCAGCAUAAAAUUAUGGAGAAGGCCUCGGAUAUUUGGAACCUGGUCUCUCAAGGAGGUUAUAUUUAUGUAUGUGGUGAUGCCAAAGGCAUGGCUAGAGAUGUCCAUAGAACUCUUCAUACCAUUGCUCAAGAACAGGGAUCUCUUGACAGCUCCAAAGCUGAGAGCAUGAUAAAGAAUCUGCAAAUGACUGGUAGGUAUCUACGUGAUGUAUGGUGAUUAUUGUUCCUCCAUUUGGAAGAGGAGGAAGAAACCUAUAGGAAUUUGCCGUAAAAUACAAAGCAGCAAGGGGCCACCUUGUUUGGGGGUUAGAAAACAUUGUGGGGCUUUAAUUUGAUGCCUUUCAAUUGCCACCAUUUACUACCUUGCAAGGACAAUUGGACAUGUCUUCUCCCUAGAAGUCGGUUUUGUGAUUCUUUUUUUACUUCUACCAUUUGAAGGAUUCUUUUGUUCUUGUAAUUUAAAUAUAUACAUAAUAAUAUAUAAUAAUUAUCGUUAGGCAUAUGAGUAAUGGAUUGGGCUCUAAUGUUCCUUGUAUGAAAUGAACCAAGAAGAUGGUUCAGAUGACAAACAAACAAUGUUCUCCUUUUAUGUAAUUGUAUUGCAUGGAUUGAAAACUUGGUAUCUGAAGUAAACGAAGUUCUUAUUGUCA